AUGCUCUGGCUGCUCCAGGAGAAUACUCUCAAGUGUGAGGUCACCACUGAGUGUCUAUUAUGCUGUAUGAAGAACCUUCCAAUCUCCUCUGGGCCAUACCAGGAGGAGCCAGCAGGAGUCAUGGAGGACCAGCCACCCUCAUCACAACCUUCCCCCUCAUCAGAACCUUCCAAAGAGACAAACGAAGUACCCUUUGAACUGCAUCCCCGAGCAGAUGCCAUCCGCUCCAAGCUGAUCUACACUUUCUAUCUGAUUGACUAUCUGCGGGGGCUAGGCAGUGCUAUUCCACGCCAUAACAUACGAGAUUUCCUGGACCAUCGGAAGCUAAAGAAGCUAAUGCUCACAGACCAUCACCAGCUGGUGCGCUUCAAUGUUGCGCCCAGACGGAAUAUCAUGGUCACCCGAGAGACACGCUGCCGUAACCGUAUCCGUGUGCGCUGCAGCCGCUGGCCCCCUGUCGCCAUGUGGGCUUAUUCAGUCCUGAACAGCCAAGUCUUCAAAGUCUUCAUGAUCAUCCUCAUCUGCCUGAACAUGGUGGUCCUCAUGAUCUUAGUAGAGAUAGGGCAAAGCUUGGAGGACCACUUGGUGAAAACGAGGAUGGCAAUGGAGGUGAUCGUCUGGGUCAUUGUCCUCAUCUUUUUGGUGGAAAUUGGGCUGAACUGGACUGUUAGCUUUCAGGAUUAUUGUAAGAACUCCUGGAAUGUCUUUGACUGCGCAGUCACCAUCAUAUCCUUUAUCCCUGAGUUGGUAUUCCUUGUUGAAAAGAAGCAAAGCAAGCCCGCCAAAUAUUUCCUCCAGGCUUGCCGUGUGCUGCGCUGCUUAAAGCUCUUCCCUAGACUCCCGCAAAUCCGGAUCCUCAUUAUGGCCAUCUACAAAGCAAUGAAAGCCAUGAGCUUCAUCCUGGUGCUCCUCGUCUUCUUCUUCUAUAUAUUUGCUGUAUCAGGCAUUUUCUUCUUUGAGGGCUACACUCGCUCAAACCUGGAUGACCUAGAGUACAACAGGUAUUUUCAAGACAUGCCCAAUGCACUGGUGACCAUAUUCAUUCUCUUCACCAUGGACCAUUGGUAUGCUCUGCUGCAGGACACGUGGAAGGUCCCAGAGAUAAACAAAGUAAUCAGUGGCUUGUUUAUCUGGUUGUGGCUCCUCAUUGGGGCAUUCAUCUUCAGAAACCUCAUGGUGGCCACCAUGGUCACCAAUUUCCAGACCAUUCGGAAUGAACUGAGCGAAGAAAUGAAGCAGAUUGAGACUCAGCAGAAAGCUGACAAAUUUAAGAUGGAAUUGCUGGAAAAGAAGUUCAGCUCACCCCAGGUGCAGGACAAAAUGAGCAUUGGGCCAUCCACAAUAUACAGCAUGCCAGAAGUCUCUGGUUCUGGGCCUCUGGAUUGGGAGACAUAUAUCCACAAGAACCUGCCAGGGCUAUAUGAGGCUGAUAAUGAUGAGCAGGUCAUUUGGCCCCGUGACUCCCUCUUCCGCUACUUUGAGCUGCUGGAGAAGCUACAGUAUAACCUGGAUGAGCGCAAAGAAUUGCAGAAUUACGCCGUCUUGGCUCUGUCCAACCUGGAAGACAAGUAGUGAUUGCUUCUGAAUGAUCAAGAAGAUGCAAGUGUAGACUCCUCAUUUUCUUUCAUAUUUUUAACCAACAAUUUCGUCUUGGUUUUGUUUAUCUUAAACCCAGCCAGCUUCCCAUAAUCCUCUAUUAUUUCCAUUGCCUUUAAUAAACUUUCUUCUGGGUUUUCUGUUAUGAGUAUCAGGUCAUCCACAAAAAACUUUUUUUUGCAGCUUCUAUCUCCUAACUUUAUUUCCUUGAUACUUUGAUCUU